AGCACGUUCUAAGCUUCGCGCGCGCUUCGCUCGAGUGCAAUACGAUCCGGGUUGGUUUCCUUUUUCACUAAAGUGAAAUGACGUUGUCAGGAUGGGCGAGGGCGGGUCGCCCGGUGGGGGCGGCGUCGGCGUCGGCGUCGGCGUCGGCGGCGUCGGCGGCGCGCGUCUCUCGCAUACGUCGGAGAAGCACCCGCGCGCCAUCCUCGGCGAGCUGUCCGCGCUGCGCCGCCACCGCGAGCUGUGCGACGUGGUGCUCAACGUGGCCAACAGGAAGCUGUUCGCGCACAGGUCUGUGCUCCGAGCGAGCGGCGGCCGCUGUGCGCCGCGCAUAGCCCGCGCGCUCCCUCGGCGAGCUGUCCGCGCUGCGCCGCCACCGCGAGCUGUGCGACGUGGUGCUCAACGUGGCCAACAGGAAGCUGUUCGCGCACAGGUCUGUGCUCCGAGCGAGCGGCGGCCGCUGUGCGCCGCGCAUNCCGAGGUAGUCAAACAAGAGAAAAUAUCACUACCCCCUGAACCAAUGGACAUGGAGUCGUUGCCACUCAAUAUUGAAGUCAAACAGGAACCGANAGAACCAAAUAAGGACGAUAUUGCUAUGCCGCCGCCCGCCGCGCCUGUACCUAGGCCCCGAAAGGCAGCAGCCAAAGACAAGACAGAGUCCAGCGAGGAGUCUUCAGGCCGCCGCACCACUCGCACCAGGAAGCAAACUGACACAGCUCCAGUAGCAGCGCCUCGAGCAACGCGCGGUAGCUCGCGCGUCACCAGAGACUUGGAUGCGGAGCAACCGCCGCCCGAGCCGAGACCCAAACGCACCCGCGGGAGGAAGAAAGUAUCAGAGGUUGCAAACACCGACAGCGAAAAGGAAUCAGCGCAAGCCUCACAAGAAAGUGCACCUGCGUCCCCAGCCGAGAAACCGCGGCCAAAGCGAACGAGAAGAGGGCAGAAAGCAGCAGAGAAAGAAACCCCCAAACCUGAAGAAACCCAACCCGAACCGGUAAUAUCACCGAAAGAAGAGAGAAUAUCGCAACCAGAAUCAAACUCCCCCAUACUGCAGCCGAUCAAAUCCAAAAUACCGACCAAAGAGACCAAAUCUCAAAAGAAAAACAAAGAAGAUGCAAAAAAGAACACAGAAAUUGAAGAUACGGUGCAAACGAUAGAUGAGACUGAUACGCAAAGUGUUCUGGAACAAACUAGAAUAAUUACCAUGAAUUCUACGGUUACAAUUAUGGAUAAGACGGUUGAUUUGCCGAAUGGAGUUUAUAAUCAUGAUCCGGGGACGCCUAAUAAUGUUCACCACAUGAACGAGACGGUGGUAUUAGAAACUUGUAGCAGGGAGACUAUAGUUCUGGAGAAACCUCAUGCUAUCAUGGAUGCUACCGUCGUUAUUGACAAGGAUCCGAAGCACCCGAAGAUGGCGGAAGACAACUCGCUGCUGACGGAUGAUGAAGACGCGCCCAGUCCGCGCACGCCGCCCAAGCAGCAGCCGCCCAAGCCGCAGCCCACAUCGGCUGUGAAAGAAAAAGUUCAACAAUUCGAAGAAUUAGCAUCGCGAGUCACAAGAACUAAAACGCGAGCUAUGGCCAAAAAGGAGGAGGACAAGCCAGAAGAUUCCCACACGCCACCAGACAAGAUCAUGAAAGCGGUUCUGUCCGCAGACACCCUCAACAAAAUGAACAGCAUGAUAUUCAACGGAAAACCAGCGCCGCAGAUAUCAAGUUCAGCGUCCAAGCCGCGUGCCAACGUGGUAAGCAGCGUGAAAUCCUUCAUUCCCGCUUCCACUUCCAAACUGAGCUCUGUGAGCAAGCACAAGGAAGCGGCGGAGGAAAGCUUGAAAAGGGAAAAGGAAGAUGCUAGGAAGAAAAAGGAAGCUAUGCUGGAGGCGAAACGGGAACAGCAGAAGAAAAAACGCGAAGAGAAAAUGGCCGCCGCGGCCGCUGUACGUGAGGCCGCGGAAAGGGAACGCCGCGCUGCCAUGGAGGCUGCCGCGAGAGAACGUAUGGAGAAGCAAGCGCAUGUGGACCAGGGCAAGCUGGAACGGUUGAAGGAAACAGAAAGGAAAAAGCAAGAGCUAGCCCGCAAGGUGGCAGAGACAGAAGAACGGAGGCGUGCAGAGGAGCAAGCGAGACAACAACGUUUGGCUGACGAACAAAAACGCGCCGACGCGUUACGACGCAAGCAGAUCGAGGAAGCCGAGGCAAUGAAAAAGGAGGCUGCAAUAAUGGCUAAAGAAAUAGAAAAGAGGCAAAAGGAAUACAUUGAAAAGCAGAAGUUAAAACAUCGGCUGGAAGACAAACAGAACACCCCGCUUAAAGUGGGCACGCCUGGCCAUUCUGCGCACACGGAGCCGGUAUACAUGGCGGACGGCUUCCAGUACCUCAACUCGGAUUCAGACUCGGAGCAGCCCGAGCGACCCGUGCCAGCCUGGAGCACUUCUAAGGCCCGCAAGCAAGCCCUAAUGAUCCAGUGCCAAGUGUCCCAAGCGCACGUGGACCGUUUGUUCAGCGUCCGGGUGCACAGUCCGGACCUGCGGCACAUCUUCCCGGACAUCGAGCGCGCGCGGCUGAAGCGGACGUCCUCGGCCGUGUGGCGCACGCCGCCCGGACAGCGCCUGCCCGCCCUGCACGAGUGACGUACUCACUCCUCACUUUUCGGGAAUACACAAUGUCGCUGGCGGCCUUUCUUGUAAAUAUAACUUUAUUAAACUUAUUAUGUUUAUAAUAUAAUGCAAUCAUGAGUAUUAUACGUAGCCGUUGCUGUUAGGCUACAUUCCUUUAGAAAAUAAUAUACUGCAACGAUUUGUUUUUGCAAAAAUCAUCACAUUUUAAUGUAAAUAUUAUCAUCUGCCAUUCAUUUUGUUUUCUUGUUCUCGGCUGUUAAAACUUAUUCCGUUUUUAUUGUUUACCUCCGUUUAUUGAAAUUUGGUAGUUUUAAAAAUAUUUUUAGUGAAAUGUUUGAUAUUUCAAGCAGUAGUUUCAAAAAGAUUUUAACACCACACAAGCGAAAGGAAGCCUUAAAGUAAGUGACCUUAUAGAUUUAAUAAUAUAUAACGUUAACCCAUGUAUUUUAUUGUAUAGUUGAAUGCUGUUGGGAUAUAAAAGUGACAGGUUAGAGUUUAAUAUUUUUUUAAUUAUUUUCUUAUUAAAAUUGCAUAGAUUGAACAUGGCACCAAUUUUGAUAUGUCAGUUAAAGUUGCUAAACUAGGUUUAGAGAUAAAUCUUAUAUUUUGGUACUAUUUUAACAUUUUAGCUAUUAAAGUAUUGUAAAAAAAAAGCUCUAUAUUGUUCAAAUAGUCUAUUUAUUAGACUGGGCUAUACCACUGUCUCGCUAUAGUUUUUUGUGAAAUUAUGAAGACACUUUUACGUUAUGCCAACAAAUGUAAUGAAAACUUAAAGGAAAAACUGGGUUUUUCUUUCAUCAAACAUACGCGCCCAAUUCACAAACGAUGCUUGCUUAAGUGAAGCAGAAAAUCGAACGCACAGCGUUAAAUAGAGCUCUGUGAUUGGUUCGUGUCACCCUGUGCGUCCACACGCACUAUGAGACUCAUAGUAAUGUUCGUGAAAACGGGCGACAGAUUUCUCUAAAAGGAAUUUAAAUAAUAAGUAAAUGUGUUUUCAUAAUUUUGCCGUUGACUGUAUGAAUUUAGAACCUGCCUGUCACAAUCCCGAAGUAUGAUAAAU